UUUGCAAUCUGUAUUCGCGUCGUCCGUGGAUUGUAGCAUUCAGAUACAAUGGGAGCUGUGGUGUCCUCAACCAAUGAUGGUGAUUAUUGUGGUAUUGUUGCUGAUUUAACACAUCCAUCUAAUGAAGACUGGCUGAGGAAACAUGCUGUGGCUUGUAAUGUGUCCAUUGGUGAGAUAGAAUCCUUAUGGAAGCGAUUUCAAGAUCUGGGUUGUAAUGAGAAUGGUGUUUUAAGCCCAGAGAUACUGACAACUAGUAAUCUAAAUAAGGACCACACCAUGAAAACAAAGAUUCUAGAGAUGAUGCCAAGAUCAAAGGAGAACGAGUUGACGUUUCAGACAUUCUGCAAUAUGUCACGCUGGAUGGCUGAUGCUUCUGUUGAAGCAAAAGUUAGAGUUGUGUUUCAGUGCUUGAAUAAUAACCAACCUCUUGAUCUACAUGUUUUGAUGGACCUUCUUAGUGAGAUCUACUGUGAUGAGAGUAAGGAAGUGAUUGAACGAUCAGCUAAGGUGUUUCUUCAUCAAGUGGGAGACAUGCUUACCCAUUCCAUUGAUGAGGAACAUUUUGUAAAAUGGGCAAUGGAGCUCCCUAAAGACACAGUGCAAGCUCUAAUGGACUUCACAUGUCCUGCUGAUGACACACCUAAACUGGGUUCCAAUAAUGAACUGCCUAGGACUAAGGAUCUACUGGUGGUAGCCAGAAUGGCAAGUCGUAAAGAUUGGAUUCUUCUAGCUAAUAAACUUGGAUUUACACAGGCAGAUAUUAACUCAGUCAAGAAGAAGCUACCAGACCAAGAUAAAGAACAGAUUGAGAGGAUGUUGUCGCUAUGGAGACAGAAGCAAGAUGAGCAAGCAACACUUGCUGUCCUUCUGGAAGCCUUGAGAAGUAGCGGUAUGGAAGACAUUGCUCAAAAUCUAGAGAUUAACAAUGCUUAAAUCUAACUCACUUUUAAAAGCCACUCGACACCUUUGGUAAUAACUCAAAAUAUUUGUUAGCAUAAAAAUUUACUUGGCAACUUGGUAGCGCUCAAUGGAG